AUGUUAAUUGAUGGUGAACAUACUAAUGCAAUGUUCUUCUAUUUUUUUCUUCUAUUCUGUCUUAAUAUCUUCUCAGGAUUAUUAAAUGUCAACGGAAAUGAGUGUCAAUUUUUAACCAUGUGCAAAUGUACUAAUUUUCCUCUUUUCGCACUUAUCGAUACAAGUUAUUUAUCUAAACCUCAAUCAUCGUUAAAUCAAGAUCUAUUUUGUACACACUCAAACGAUCAUUUACACGACAAUAAAACAGCAACAUUUGAACAAUUGAAAUAUUUUUAUUAUCGCUUCCGUACAUUAACAUUCGCAAAUUAUCCGAGUAUACCAACGAAAGCAUUUCAUUUUGUUCAUUUUGAAACUCAAAGUGUUAAGCAAACACAUAAAGCAAACAAUCGUAAUGUGAUCGUAUUUGUUAAUGUCAAAAGUACUGAAUCAGGUAUUUUUGAGGAGCUAAGUGUGUCCGAUUCUCAGAAUCAACUGAGCGUCUCAUUUCUUAAUUCACCAUCACUUUAUUAUGCUAAUGGAGCACUUUCAAAAAUUAGUUGUUAUGAAUUAAAACUAUUUAAUACUAAUCCGCAAAUCCCGAUUGAUUUUUUUUAUCAGGCAGUUUCUAUUCAUCAUUUAAUUAUUGAAAAUCCAUCUUUUCCUGGUUUUCUUCCAUCGUCAAAUUCGAAAGCGUCGUUUGGUUUUCAAAUUUAUAAAAUUUCAAUAAAAGACAUUAGUGUUCGACAAUUACAAGGUAAACAUUUUCCUAUUAUUUUUAAUUCAGUACAAGAAUUAACAUUGGAAAAUUACAAUGUCAAUAGUGGCUUUCGUUCGUUCAAUAAUCGUGAGUUAGCUCACUGUUUUCCACAAGUAAAAUCAUUGAAAAUAUAUUCACGGUCAAUUCAAAAUAUUGUUUCUCGAAUGUUCGAACAUUUCAGUCAAUUAGAAUAUUUAACAAUAAAUGGAAUCGUUCGAAUUGAAAAUAAUGCGUUUUAUAAUUUAAAUCAUUUAAAAGAAUUAAAUCUUGGUGAAAAUAUUCACCAUGUUGAUCCGUUUGCAUUUGUUAAUAUGAAUACAAAUAUUUUACUAUUUAAUCAGAGUAAUAAUUUCGAAUUAAAUGAUGACAAACAUUUUUGCACGUUUGUUCAAUUUUCACCAUCAACAAAUUUAAAAACUAUUGUUCAAUUUUCGAAAAAUCUAAGCGAUUGUUCGUGUACACUUCGAUAUUUAUAUCGUCAUCUAGAUAAAUCUUUCAUGUCAGUAACACCUUAUUGUUAUUCAAAUUCAAGUUUAUAUAUUUUAACACAAGAAGAACGUAUCUGUCAUUUUGAAAAACGUCUACUACAAUGUGAUAUAUUACCCGAUGAAGGUAUAACAAUAUAUGGUACAUAUUAUAAUGUAUCUCAUUUCUAUGAGCAACAAAUAUCAAAGCGAAAAAGUCAAUUAUCAAAUUUUUUUCGUUAUCGAAUAUAUUAUAUUUUAAUAUUACCUGUAUUAAUUAUUUGUGUAUGGCUUAUUAUUCGACAACAAAAAAGUCAUCGUGCCGAUGCCUAUAGACAUUUACAUCGUUUGUUAAAACGGCGAAUUAUAACAGAAAAUGAAAACGUACCAACAACACACCAAGCAUCAGAUAUUAUAUAUCAGCAUACAAGCGAAGUUUUCGAUCCAACAUCUUCAAGAACAUAUAUAACUACUCAAGUGUGA